AUGUCGGCAUCAACAUCCAUUCCCUGUGGUUCAAAGAGUGCGGGAGGCAACGGGAAUGGUGUUGACAGGCUCAGCAGCCUGUCAGACGAUCUGCUCCACCAUGUGAUGUCCUUCUUGCCGAUGCCGGAGGUCGUGCACACAAGUCUUCUCUCACCAAGAUGGCGCUUUCUUUGGUGCUCUACACCAUUCAUCCGCAUCGACAGCGAAGACUUCAUGGAUCAGUGCAAGCUGGAGAAGUUCGGGGACCGCUUGCUGCUCUUGCGUGACGGUACUAUUUCCUUGGAUGAAGCCCGAAUCCAUGCCUACCGUGCUGAUAGUGCCACGUGUUCCGCAUGGAUUCGUCAUGCCAUUAUGCACAAAGUUCGCCUCCUUCAUAUUUCUGGGUUUCUCCGUUUGGAUAGCACAGCAACGUUUCCUUCUCGGCACCUCAAAAUAAUCAGGCUGCAAUCUGUCACGUUGAAACAUGGGUUAUUUAGGCCAUUGAACUACGACUGCCCUGUUCUUGAACAUUUAGAGCUGGAGUUGUGCAGUGUAUGUGACCAUGAGGAGAUCUCAUCAAGCUCAGUCAAGGUUCUGGAUGUCAGUCACUGCCUCAUUAUCUCCAGUCUCCUGAUUUGUGCUAGGAACCUUACCCAUCUCUCUAUCCUUCACCCAUAUGCUGGUGCUAUAGUAACUAGGGGUCUGUCUUCUCUGGUGACAGCUUUGAUUAAUCUAAGGCCUAAAUCUUUUCAUCAUAUGGGCACAGUAAUGGAUCAUCAUCUACUUGACGGCCUUCCGCAUGCCACAACGUUGGAGCUGCAUGCGCCAUUGCAUGAGCGCGCAUUUGAGGGAGGUAUGCUAACAUGCCCAGCAUUUAGCAACCUGACAAGCUUGGUGCUGGGUGAUUGGGUCAUGACUGCUGACUUCUACCCAUUGCACCGCAUUCUCCAGCUCUCAGACAAGCUGAAGGACCUAACUUUGAAGCUCGAAAUGGAGGAAUGCAGCACAUGCAAAGCCUUGCCGCCAACAAGGAGAGCGCCGACGUCGGCCUCAGGCAGCUACCCUUGCAUCGAGAGGAUCAAAAUCUACUGCCGGAAAGAACAUCUGAGGGUCGAUGAGUUGGUGCAGGCGUUGCUGCUCAUUGCCGGCAAUGCGAAGAUCAGCAUCGAGCGUCGGCCCUGA